UGGCUCUGAGAAGAGGAACAUGCAGCAACUGUGGGGAGAACCUGGAGUAUCCGCAAGGCAGGAAUGCGGAAGGUGUCUGUCGGUGUUUCUACACCGUUAAUGAAUCCAAAGUCUCCCCGGUCCCGGGAGUUCACAAGAGGGAUGAACGGUACAAUGGCUGUCGAUCCGAUAAUCCGAGGAAAAGAGAGCCCAUGCAUCGCAUUGGGAACAUUGAGUUCAAGGGAUCUGGAAAGAAGCGAGGCAAGUUUGUGAUAGAGCACUGCACCACUGACCCAGCAGCCCUCUAUGAGGUACUGACAGAGGAAUGGAGCCUGACACCUCCCCACCUGGUAGUGUCGCUCGUGGGGGGGGACGAGGACUUCCAGAUGAAGCCCUGGCUGAGGGACACUUUGAGGAAGGGGCUUGUGAAAGCAGCGCAGAGCACAGGUGCUUGGAUCGUCACCAGUGGGCUGCGUGUUGGCAUCACCAGACACGUAGGAGAGGCAGUUCGGGAUCAUUCACUGGCCAGCACCUCUUCAAAGGUCAAGGUCAUUGCCAUUGGAAUUGCACCGUGGAAAAUGAUCCAUGACAAAGAGAUAUUGCUCAAUGCUAAGCCUGCCAAGCCAGCAUUUUAUGAGACAGCAGAGCUGCCAUCUGGCUCAUUAUAUUCUCUGGACAGCAACCACUCUCAUUUCAUACUGGUGGACGAGGAUGAGAGGCACAAAGAUGGAACAACUGAGAUGAGAAUCAAACUCCUGAAACACAUCUCUGAGCAGCGCACAGGGUAUGGAGGAACUGGUAUUGAGAUCCCUGUACUUUGCUUACUGGUACAUGGACAACCGCAUAUUCUUGAGAGAAUAUAUAGGGGGAUGAUGAACUCGACUCCCUGGCUCAUCCUGGCAGGGUCUGGGGGGAUUGCUGACAUCCUGGUGGACAUGAUGAGCAGACCCUGUGACCCUGAUUAUGUGCAGGAGCAGCUGCAGGAAAAAUUCCAUACAGAAUUCGCAUGGACGGACAUCUUAAAAUGUACAAAAAUUAUUCAGAUUAUCCUAGAGCACCGUCAUCUCUUAACCAUACACAACCCAGGACAGGAAGGAUCUGAGGAACUUGACACAGUCAUUCUGAAGGCACUGGUAAAAGCUUGUAAAAGCCAAAGCCAAGAAGCCCAGGACUAUCUGGACGAGCUGAAGCUGGCUGUAGCCUGGAACAGAGUGGACAUUGCCAAGAGUGAGAUCUUCAGUGGAGAGGUGGAGUGGCGGCCUUGUGACUUGGAAGAAGUCAUGAUGGAUGCCUUGGUCAGCAAUAAACCUGAUUUUGUGAAGCUUUUCAUUGACAAUGGGAUGAACAUGUGCGACUUCCUGACAUACAACAAACUCCAGGACUUGUACUGUGCAAUCCCUCCGAAGUGCCUUCUCCACCAACUCCUGCAGAGGAAACACGAGGAGCCCAAACUCUCCAUAACGGCGCGCAAUGGCAGCAUGGCAGAUUCUCUGGAGCAGAAACCAAAGUUCACUCUGUAUGAGGUCUCCAAAGUGCUCAAAGACUUCCUGCACGAUUCCUGCAGAGGAUUUUACCAGGAGACCUCCAAGAAAGGAACAAUGGAAAAAGCCGGUAUAGGUCGAGUCAGUCAUGUGCAAAAGCCCUCACUCAACAUGAGCCAGAAAUGUGAGAAUCCGUGGAGGGAUCUCUUUCUGUGGGCAGUCCUUCUGAACAGACAGGAAAUGGCCAACUACUUCUGGGCUACAGGCCCGGAGGCAGUGGCAGCAGCUCUAGCUGGCUGUAAGAUCCUGAAAGAGAUGGCUCACCUGGAAUCAGAGGCAGAGUCUGCUCGGAGCAUGAAGGAGGCUAAAUACGAGCAAUUCGCACUGGACUUGUUCAGUGAAUGCUACACCAACAGUGAGGACAGGGCCUUUGCUUUGCUGGUCAGAAAGACAAAGUCCUGGAACAAAACCACCUGCCUAGACCUGGCAACAGAAGCCGACGCCAAGUCCUUCUUCGCCCAUGAUGGUGUUCAGUCUCACUUGACGAAGAUGUGGUGGGGAGCCAUGAAGUCAGACACCCGGAUUUGGAAACUAGUGCUCUCAUUCUUCUGUCCUCCUCUAAUUUACACCAACUUAAUAACAUUCAGCGAGGACGAGCAUCACACAGUGGGUGGAACGGAACAGUUUAAGGAAUUCGACAGCCAGGAUAGUGAGAAGGCAAUGCUGCUCAAGCAGAGGCAGAACAGUGACACGAUCAAGCCUGAAAAACAGGUAAUGACCAGCAAUAACGUUUGCAUGAAGUUCCUGUUCACGAGAUGGAAGAAGUUCUGGGGUGCCCCGGUCACUGUGUUCCUGGGCAAUGUCAUCAUGUACUUUGCAUUCCUCUUCCUUUUUACUUACGUUAUCUUGGUGGACUUCCAACCCCCUCCUCCCUACGGCCCAUCCAUCCCAGAGAUCACCCUCUACUUCUGGGUCUUCACCCUGGUGUUGGAGGAGCUGCGACAGAGUUUCUUUACAGAUGAAGACACCAGCAUCAUAAAGAAGUUCAAGCUCUAUGUGGAAGACAACUGGAACAAGUGUGAUAUGGUGGCCAUCCUGCUGUUCGUGCUCGGGGUGUUUUGCAGGAUGGCAUGGUCUACGUAUGAAGCAGGUCGUACAGUCCUGGCCCUAGAUUUCAUGGUGUUUGCUCUCCGGUUGAUUCACAUCUUUGCCAUCCACAAGCAGUUGGGCCCAAAGAUUAUCAUUGUGGAAAGAAUGAUGAAGGAUGUCUUCUUCUUCCUCUUUUUCCUGAGCGUCUGGCUCAUUGCCUAUGGAGUGGCCACUCAAGCUCUGCUGCACCCCAACGAUACCCGGGUCGACUGGAUCUUUCGCCGCGUGCUUUAUCGGCCCUACCUACAUAUAUUUGGGCAGAUCCCACUGGAAGAGAUUGAUGGCGCUCGCAUGCCGGAGCAAAACUGCACUAUCGACCCCAUUGAGAUAAUGAAGGAAACGUUUUCCCCGUGUCCUAACCUAUAUGCAAACUGGCUGGUCAUCCUAUUACUGGUCAUCUUCCUCCUGGUCACCAACGUGCUGCUCCUCAACCUCCUGAUCGCAAUGUUCAGCUAUACCUUCCAGGUUGUUCAGGGAAACGCAGAUAUCUUCUGGAAGUUCCAGCGCUACAACCUGAUAGUGGAGUACUUCAGCAGACCUGCCCUUGCACCGCCCUUCAUUAUCAUCAGCCACAUCAACCAGGUUAUCUGCAGCAUGUUAAUGAAUGCAGAGCCCAAGCAGGAGCUUUUAGAGCGUGACUUUCCAGAAGGUCUUGAUCAGAAGCUUAUGACCUGGGAAACAGUGCAGAAGGAGAACUACCUGGCAAAUCUGGAGAAAGAGAAGAGAGAGAGCAGCGAGGAGAGACUGAAGAAAACCUCUCACAAGGUGGAUUCUCUUUUAAAGAUUAUUGGUGGAUUUAAGGAGCAAGAAAAACGACUAGUGACUGUUGAGACGCAGAUGAAGUACUGCAGUGACGUGCUUUCCUGGCUCGCAGACUGUUUCACACAGAGCAGCCUCAAGUGUAACAGAGCAGCUCCAAAACACUCAAGUUCCACGGUGAGCGGUUCAAAGAAGCAGCAGAGGUCUACGGCUGAGGAGGAGAGCAUUGGCAGAAGGACAGACACUUUGACUGACUUGAAGUACAUUGAUGACUGAUUACGUAAUACAAACCAAGGGACCAAUGAAACACAUUUGCACUGAAAGAUUAAACACUCGGGUCAGUUAUUAAUAAGUGUAGUCACUCUAAAAUCUCCACUAAAAAUCAAUGUAGUUUUAAUGUAGUUUUGUGGAAACCAACAAACAAGGGUCUGCAAGAUGGGAGUCUACCUACUAGUAAUGGCCAGAAAUGAAGCGUUUGUCAGGGAAGUGGUUUCACCUUUAAUGUAACUACAGCACAGUACCAACAAGAAUAUUUCUGGAAGCUCUCUUCCCUAAUGCCACAAUCCUCUGUAGGCCCAGUUGUGCAAUUUGGAUUCUUUUUAAGUUUGUUUCAUUUUUUAUGCAAGCACAAUUACAACUUCAGUCUUCAGUAUGUUUAGCUUUGUGAGAUACAUAUUAUUUAAAAGAUAAAUAUUAAAAGACAAUAUUGUUAAAAGAGGCUGACAGAUGCAUUAACUUGAUUGGAAUGGAGCUCAGUCUGUUAUCUAUCAUAUCACCCAAUGUUUAAAACAUAAUUCUGUCAUUUGUCUCAUGGGAUAUAUAUAGUGAAAAUUUAAAUUGUGUUUAUAAUGAAUAGGAAGAUAAUGCAUCUUAUUAUAUGAGUCAGUUUACCAAUUAUACUAUUAAACAGUUUUCACCUGAGAAAUGUUAAUAAGAUAUGCAAAGUUUGUAGGUUUGUGAUUAUUAUUUUUUUUAAUUGAAUAUUUUAUUAAUAUGAAGAUGUACACUGAAUAUGAACUCAGUAUUUUAGGUUAUUAUACUCAUGGUAAACACAACUUGUUUAAAAAAAUUCCCCUUUAAUAUUACACUUAUUUUGCAAAGCAAGUAAAUGAAAAAUAACACAAUUGUUUUUUUCGCUGAUAAAGGUUUUCAAAUAUAUAGAUAACCUUCAUGGAGUACUGUAGUUUAAGGAUUGAUUAGGUUGCUUACGCCCAUCUUCAUGAGUUCACAGCACUCAUUGAACACUCAUGGAGUAUUCUGUUUAUAUAACAAGGAUAUCAUGUAUAAUCAUAUCAAUGAAGAACUUUCCUUAUAUAUAUAGUCCUGCAUCCGUUUAGCAUUGUGGUCUAAUUUGGAACACUGUGGUGUGCCCAAUGAUUUGAAUGAAUGAAAGACAGAUUCCAAAACAAGAUCCGUUAUUAAAAAAAAUAAAAUAAAUCCAUUAUAUUAUAGUGUUGAAUGUGAAAAUGUUACCUAAUGUUAGAACUGUUCAAAGUAUCAGUGAAAAUAACAAGGAAAGCUUUAGUUACUCACCUGUACAUGUUUCUCUCUCCAUGUGAUAUCUUCAUUCAUUGACUCUCAUGUCACAAGGUCCAAAUUAAAAGAGUUUAGCAACUAUGGACUGGGUGAGACCCAAUUCUUCCUUUGGCACAGCUGACUGCACUUGCUGUACUUGACUGCUUGUGUUUGUUUCUCAACCAGUAAAGUUAGGUGGCUGCCUGGCACUAUUCUUUUGGAUUUGUCUUGGCAAACAAAUUAAUCAGUAAUGUUAUCUGCCAAGACUGGGCAGUCACCAUAGUGGAAAUGUCGGGGUAAAUGUUUAGUCCGGUAAUUUAAAUAGUGAACAACAUUUACAAUGUAAAACAAUUCCUGCACUUGGGUUUUCAAUACAUCCAAAUGAUUUUAACAAGGGUUUAGGAUACUACAAGAUGUAUUUUGUCUUGAAAGUGGCUGCUACGUACUAUGGACACAUUGUUGUAAAGACAUUUAUCUUGCAAGCUUCAUCACCGACAGCAUCUUUUAAAGCCAGAUUGCUAUAAUUCAUAAAACAGUUCAUUUGGAUAGAUGGUUCUGAAAAAUAUAGUUAUACGUCCCCCCAUGUGUUGCCACAACUGUUUAAA